GCCUUAUCACCUCCAAAUUGCUUUGCAGCAAGAUACGUCGGAGUCCUGUUUGCAAGUCUCUUGGCUACGCCUCAUGCUACGCGGCCAGGGACACGAGGAAGAUAUAAAAAUGGCCUGAGAUCCCCUCGAACUCAUCUCUUCUCUCUCCAUCAGCAAGCAUCCUCCGUCUUCAAAGCUCAAUCUCGCUGACUUCCGCUCUUCUCUCGAUCUCAUCGUCUUAACCAUCCAACAAAAUGAAGACCUCUGCUCUCUUGACCGCUGGCCUGCUGGCCACCGCCGCCAUUGCUGCUCCUCUCACCGAGAAGCGCGCCGCUGCCAAGCGUGCUGGCAGCCGUAAGAGCAACCGCCCUCUCAAGCCCGGCACCAGCGAGGCGAUCAACCUGACCGGCGACAAGAACGUCGAGUACUCGUCCAACUGGGCCGGCGCUGUGCUCAUCGGCACCGGCUACACGGCCGUCACCGCCGAGUUCACCAUCCCCACCCCCUCCCUCCCCUCCGGUGCCUCCAGCCGCGAGCAGUACUGUGCCUCCGCCUGGGUCGGGAUUGACGGUGACACCUGCGGCACCGCCAUCCUGCAGACCGGUCUCGACUUCUGUAUCGAGGGCAGCACCGUCAGCUACGACGCCUGGUACGAGUGGUACCCCGACUACGCCUACGACUUCAGCGGCAUCAGCUUUUCCGCCGGCGACGUCGUCAAGGUCACCGUCGACGCCACCAGCAAGACCGCUGGUACCGCUACCGUCGAGAACGUCACCAAGGGCAAAACCGUCACCCACACCUUCUCCGGCGGUGUUGAUGGCGAUCUCUGCGAGUACAACGCCGAGUGGAUCGUCGAGGACUUCGAGGAGAACUCCUCCCUCGUCCCCUUCGCCGACUUCGGCACCGUCACCUUCUCUAGCGCCUAUGCCACCAAGAGCGGCUCCACCGUUGGCCCCUCCGGCGCCACCCUCAUCGACAUCGAGCAGAACAACCAGGUUCUCACCUCUGUCUCGACCACCAGCAGCUCCGUCACCGUCGAGUAUGUUUAAGCGGGACGCUCGGGGACGUGAUGCGAGAAAGCGGCUCGGGUGGUCGGAAGUCCUUUGGGAUGUCGAACGCCCGGGCUUGGGCGCUAUGAGAUCACUGGAAACGAAGACGAGAAUGAGCGAAUGCUGUCACUGAUUGAGAUUGUGCUUUGUUGAUUGUGCUAGGGGCAUGCCUCUGAAAAUUGAGC